CCGAAACAUUCAACCGAAACCUACGUAGAACCUCUCUCUCUCUCUCUCUCUCUACAUGGCCUUCGUCAUCCAUGACUCUGUCUCGUCUUGAUUCCGCCUCUUUCUCGAUUAUCUGUGUGCGCUCUGAAGGCUUCUAGAGGCUCUGUACACCAUGGUUGCCCUCCCCAGCUCGACCGCCGAGCUUCUCCUCGUCUCCCUCGUCUCCUUUCUCUGUAUACUUACCGGCUUCUUGUUCCUGUUCAUCCGGUUCAUCUCCAAUCGUCCGUCUAGGCAUCGCACGGCGAUUGUUCUAGUUUUGGGUGACAUAGGAAGGUCGCCGAGAAUGAUGUAUCAUGCAGAGUCAUUAGCAAGACACGAUUGGAUAGUCGCCAUGAUAGGCUAUGACGACACACCGCCGAUACCUGCUCUUCAAGAAUCUCCAAAUGUCAAACCUCACGCGCUGGCAAAUCCUCCUCGAGUGCUGCUCAAGGUUCUCCCUUGGAUCUUGAGAGCUCCUCUGAGGAUAGUGUAUCAAGUCUGGAGCGUUCUCAAAAUCGCAUUGUGGGAUAUACCAGUCCGUACCGAGUUCCUCAUCCUUCAAAACCCUCCCUCCAUUCCUACAUUAGCACUGGCUCAGUUCAUCUGCUGGACCACUGGAGCCAAGCUCGUCAUCGACUGGCACAAUACAGGAUGCUCUAUACUAGCGAUGAGAGUCGGCGAGAGCUCGCCCUUGUACAAAAUAGCUACAGCGUUUGAGGCGGGCUUUGGACGUAAAGCCUUCGCGCAUCUCUUCGUCACGCAAGCGCUCCGAGAUCAUCUCGUCAAGGCUUGGAAACUGCAAGGAAUCACGGCAAUCUUGCAUGAUCGGCCACCCACGCAUUUUCACCGGUCACUCCCCCUUGAUGAGCAUGGAGUACUGAGAAGACUCUCUGAAAGUUUGGAGAAUCCAUUGCCGGAUGGCUUCACACCCUCAGAUUUCGUCACUGGCUCUAAUACCUCGAAGCAGGACGACCCAUCUCGACCUGCUCUCGUGGUCUCCUCAACCUCCUGGACAGCUGAUGAGGACUUUACACCCCUGAUACAGGCGCUGGACGACUAUCAGUCCACGAUAACCUCGGGAACCAAAUUACCCAAGCUCUUAGUGGUUGUCACUGGCAAAGGAGCUCUACGUGCCCAGUUUGAAGAUAUUGUCGCAUCUCGUGAGGGGACCAAGUGGAUGGAUAUCUGCGUCCGAUGCGCGUUUGUCUCAGCGAGAGACUACCCGAUCAUCCUUGGGUCUGCGGACCUCGGCCUGAGCUUUCAUUCGAGCUCGUCAAGCCUGGAUCUACCGAUGAAAGUGGUGGACAUGUUCGGAUGCGGGACUCCAGUGUUGGCAAAGGGGUAUGAGGCGAUUGGUGAGCUUGUCAAGGAUGGAGUGAACGGGAGGAUCUGGAAUACGCCAGAAGAUCUGGGGAUGCACAUGAAGGAUCUUCUGACUGAAUUCCCCCACUCGAAGCAGCUGCAAAAACUGCAUGAUCACUUCAAAAAGGACGCAAACGAUCAUUCGACGCCUCCAAAACUACGGACUAUUUUGGCUGAUUCUGUCGAUGAGCAAGAGUGGAGCUCAUGGGAUGAUAAUUGGGACAGGGUCAUGCACAGAGGCAUACUGCAUCGCAAGUCAAUGAAUUAGCCCGCAUCUUGCAUUGAUCAUAGUCGCACUAUUCAUAAACA